UUGCUACUGAUUAAGAACACAUAAAAGCCUUGUGCAGAUAUCCUCUGCUUAGUUUGAAACUUUAAAUUGCAAGUCUCUUUAUAUCGUGGUAUGUGUUUAAUAAAUAGGUGCAUAUUUCACAAGAGUGGCCAAAUGAGUGAUCUCAUGGAAGAAAACUGCAAGAAAAGCUAUUCUUCCCAGGAAACAUCUGCAGGAAAAAGAGCGCCUCCUGCUAAGGACUGCCCAAUAAGACGCAAAAAAAUGCAAAAACUGGAGAGACAAUUAAAAUGCUUAGCCUUUCAAAAUCCAGGACCUCAGGUAGCUGACUUCAAUCCUGAAACUAGACAGCAGAAAAAGAAAGUGUGCAUGUCACAGAUGAAACAAAGUUUUUUUUAUGAGUCCAAAUCUACAAAGAAAUAUGACAAACAUGGCAGACUGCUUUGUAAUGGCAUAGAUUUAUGUGACUGCCUGGAAACUGACUGCCUGGGUUGCUUCUAUCCUUGCCCCAAAUGCAAUUCAAACAAAUGUGGACCAGAAUGUCGCUGCAAUAGAAAAUGGGUUUAUGAUACCAUCGUGACUGAAGGUGGGGAUGUGAUCAGUGCGCUACCAUUUUCUGUCCCUGACUGA